AUGGCCUCCAUCCUGCCCUCCUCACAACCCACUCUCUCAUCCGCAAUCGACACUUCCUCCGACGACAUACUCAAAUCGAAAAUGCGUCCCACCAUCUCCAUCACACCGGCGCCUGAGAAGAAGGCUCGGGGGCGAAAAGGUCGCAAGAACAUCGGUGGCAAUGCCCCCGCCACCAAAGACAAGAAGAAGACGACUCUGGUGGAGGAACUGGGAGAAGCGCUGGCGGAUCAGAUGCACACCAUCACCGCCUCCUCAAACCUCCCCACUCGCAUCCACAUAUCCAGCGCAUCAGUGGUUGAUCAUCUUCGCAACGACUUCAGUGCUUCUUUCACCCUCUCCUCGUAUCCAAGCUCGCGGGGCAGCAGUAGUCGCACAUGUACCAGUGAUGGCCUCCACUCCCAAGAGACCGACAUCUCCACCGCAUCGACCCUCGCGCCAUCAGAGCCUUGCGACGAGCGAGCCAGCACGGACUCCUCCGAGUCGCGAUCGUCCUUUGAAGAUGAAUGUCCUCCUCCUCGGGUCGGGGAGGCCGGUGCCGUCUUCUGUCUCGAUGACUUCGCCACGAUGACCACGAUCCAGCGCCUGACCGCGCAGUACGGCCGAGUCGCCAACAUGGGGAUUCUGGAUCCCAGUUAUCGCUUUUUUGUCAAUCAGAGCCGCACCGGGGCCCUUUCGUUCAAGGUCCGCAACAAAGUGGCCAUUGUGGGAGGUGACCCUCUCUGCGAGCCGCGCAUGAUCCUGUCGUUGCUGGCCGAUUUCGCCGUCUAUCGUCGCCAACAUAAAUGGGGCAUUGCUUUCAUGGGAGCCAGUGCCGCCUUUGUCAAGGAGAUUGCGCAACCCCAGGGAUGGACCACCAUUCGUUUCGGAACCGAGCGUGUUCUGAAUCCGCAGACCAAUGAGGUUCUCAUGGAGCGCAGUGGGAAACGCAUCGCUGUUCAAAACCGUCAGCUCCUCAAUCCCGACAAGGGGGGGGUUCGAUUGGGGGUGUAUGCGCCUGCUGUGCAUGGGACUGAUGCCCAGCUACAAACAGAGCUGGUGAGGAUCUACGACUCGUGGCGCGCAGAACGAAAUGCCUCGGGGGGGCCGCAAGCCUUCAUCACGGUGUACGACCCAUUCGCCCUUCCUUCCCUGAUGACCUUUAUCUACAGCCGCGGGCCUGAUGGGAAAAUCAACGGGUUCGCUGCCCUUCGCCGUCUGGGCGAGGGAGGCUACCACGUCGACCCCUGCAUUGCGGCUCCCGGCGCCCCAAAGGGCAUCAGUGAUCUGCUCAUUGUCUCGACCAUGGCCUUGCUGCACCGUGCGGGAGUUUCGUACUUGGGUUUCGGAUUCGAGCCUUCGCAUGCUCUGGUCCCGGAAGAUGUCACGGGGAUGUCGCGACCCUUGGCCCGUCUCACGCGGACCUUGUACGGACAUACAUUCCAGAGACUGCCGAUUCAAGGGAAAAAGGCAUACAAUGACAAGUUCCGACCCGAUGCGGAGCAGGACUGCGGGCUGUAUCUGGUGUUCCCGGGAGGUAUGCCGGGUCCGCGGCAAUUCUUGGGGAUGAUUCACAUGGCGAAUAUCAGCCUGAAAAAGGUUCUCACUGCGGAUAUGAAAUCCUGGAUGUCUCGGUGUACUACGAACAAGAAUGGUGACGAGGGGAGUGAGAAGGAGAAUCGGACACAGACUCCGCAGGUCUCGUCAUGA